GCUGCGUGCCGCUGUGCAAGUCGAACGAAAAAAAGAAAGUGCCUGGACUAUCUUUCCAUGAAGUUCCUGCUGCCGCCGACGUACGAGAGAAGUGGUUGGCCGCUAUUCGGCGGGACGGCUGGUCGCCAAAUGCAACGUCCUGUUACACGAAGGUAUGUAGCCGUCAUUUUCGCGUCGAAGACUUUCUUGAAGGAAAGAGACGACGGUUGAAGAAAGGUGCAGUGCCUUCAGUUUUUGAAGAUUACCCCAAACACUUGCAGCCAAAAGGAAGCGCUGAACGAAGCACAGCAAGCAUUGAAAAGCGAGCUUGUGCUCCGUUGAGACUGGGGAGCGGUCAUGCGACAAGCGGCGCUACUGGGCUGUUGCCACCUGCAGCACCCAGACCACCAGAACCUGAAUGGGAGGAACCAGAGCCCAUGGACACCGCCGAUAGUGUCAGCCAAACCGAUCAGCGCAAUGAUGUUACGCAUGAUAAGGAAGGUGCACUCAAGCCUCGUGCAUGUGACCGAGGUAUUCAGGUCGACAGCAGGCAAGUGUCAAGUUUGCUGACCACAGAAAAAGCCAAAUGGAAAAGAAAAGAAAAGGACCUGAGGAACCAGGCACUUAGGUUGCAACGGACUGUGGAAAAGUACAAAUUGGAGCUAAGAAAGCUGCAAGAAGAUUCCUUGGCGUCAGAUAUCUCGUAUAUCAGACAAAGGGCCACAGAGCAACAGCCUGCAGCAUUGUUUUUGCUAGACCAAAUCACAAAUUUUAAGAAAAAAAGGCCAACCUGGUCUGAAGAGACAACUCGUCGGUGCGUGGUCCUUCGACAUUUGUCAACAAAAGCAUACGAGCACAUGCGACGUGAAACGCUUCUAAAACUUCCAAGUCGAACAACCCUGACGAAUUACAUUGGCACUACCAGUGGUGAGACAGGCUUCAGCAAACUGGUUGAAACCAGGUUAGCUACAGAAGCUAAAAACUUGGACAAGCCUCAGUCAAGGGUCUGCUCUCUCAUCGCUGACGAAAUGAGGAUAAAAGAAAAGUUACAGUACCACAAGCAAAGGGAUUGCUUUGUUGGGCACGUAGAUGUUGAUCUAGAACAAAACAGCAGCAGCCCUGUUUUAGCCAAUUCACUUCUUUGUUUCGUGAUUAGUGGCAUGAGCACAGCAUUCCGAAUACCAGUGGCUUACUACUUUACGAAGGGACUUACCGGCGACCAACUUCAUAAAUUGAUUGUUUUUGUAAUGAAGAAAGUGGAAGCAUGUGGAUUUAAGAUUGUGCGGCUAGUGACCGACAAUCACAAAGUUAAUGUGAAUGCCAUCAAACUUCUCGGGAAUGGAUUGGUAACCUACAAGACUGAACAUCCCUGUGACCCAGACAGACUCCUUUUCAUGAGUUUCGACCCGUGUCAUGUGUUAAAGAACGUCCGGUCACAACUGUUGUCGCAUGAUAUUGGGCCAAAAUGUGAAAUUUCUGCUUCCUUCAUCAAGGACCUGUACGAGAUGCAGAAAGGUUUAACUGUAAAACCUGUCCGAUAUUUGAGCCGGAAGCAUGUUUUCCCUAAUAAUAUAGAAAAAAUGAACGUUGGAAGAGCUGUUCAGCUCCUCUCCCCAAGCGUGACGGCUGCUUUAGAGUACUUGAAAGGUCAAGCUGGGCAUACAUGCUCCAAAUCAUUUUCCCAUGCAGGCCCAACCAUUACCUUCAUGAAGAAUUUUUACCGCUGGUUUGUACUGCACGACACAAGCAAUACUGUGCAGCACAUAUAUCAGAAUUUUGCUGAUGCUCGACACUAUGACGACGUUGAAGAUCCUAGGCUCAAAUGGCUUGAAGUCACCUUUCCAUUGUAUUUGGAUGGGCUGAAGAAGAGGUGCAACCAUCCACGAGAAUUUCUUACGAAGGAGACGUACGAGGCUGUUCUCGUCACCACUUACUCUACAGUGGCAUGUAGUAUAAGAUACCUGCUCACAGAUGAGAGCUUCUUCUUUGUUCUUACACGCCGGUUCAACAGUGACCCAAUAGAGUCAUUGUUUGGAACAUUGAGGAUGUCAUCAGGCACAAAUGACACGCUGGAUGUUCGUGCUGCACUUUCGGGUCUCGAAAAAAUCCUGAAGACCGGAAUCGCUGCGGCUAGUGCAGCAUCAAAUGUUGCUCAUGCUGAGAGUUCAACAUCAGUGCCCCUACCUGCCGGUGCUUCAAGUUCGCAACCGUCGUGUACUUUGUCCGUGCCGCUUCCUUCUACUGCAAACACAGAUGUGCAAACACCACCUUCUAUGAAAAAGGCAGUUGUGGUGUUGCAAAGGCUAACCGCUUCUGUGUUGCCUCAGUACCUGCCAUCUCUUCAAAUAUCGGCCACAGCAUAUGUAGGGGGCUACAUUGCCCGUGUGGUGAGUGAAAAAGUGAACUGUGAAAACUGUGUCUCUGUGUGUUCGAAGCCAGCCAGCAACCAGCCGCUCCUGCAGCUGACACGCCACCAGGACCGAGGUGGUUUGCUGUAUCCAUCUGACCAGCUCCUUUUUGUCCUUGACACUUUGCGAGCUUUUGCAGACGGUGCGCUCAAAGACAACCCGACUUUGGCAAAGCCACUCAGUACCUUGACAAAGUACACAAUUCCAGCCCUCUGUGCAUCAAGGCUCCUUAAAUGCCACAGUGAUGGCAGCUAUGACCACAGGGUGCGACUCAUGAACAUCAUAUGUAUUUACUUCCUCAGGCCACUCCUCUCGAACUAUGCAUUUAAUGUGACUGACAAGCAGGAUGCUUGCAAAUAUUUCGCGAGGAAGCCACUUUCAAGGAAGUAUGUAAGGAUUUGAGAAAGGUUGUGUCCUUGUGUAUUAUGUGAUAUUUUAUUUUGUCAACAAAUAUUUUCAUUGCAAGCCAUUUUAUGCAGCGCUGUGAUAAAUAUUCUCUUAUGCAAUUUAUGAUAUUUUUUUCUUGUCAGCAAAUGUUUUAACCUUAGGCUAUUGUAUGCAUGGCUCUGAAAAAUAGUUUUGUGCAAUUUAUGAUCUUUUUUCUUGUCAGCAAAUGUCUCACUCUUAGGCCAAUGUAUGCAUGGCUGUGAAAUAUUGUUUCCUUGUGCAGUUAACGUUUCUUUAAUUGCCACCAAAUGUUUCACUAUUAUGCCAAUGGAUGUAAGGGUGUGAAAAUCAUUGUGUGUGUAAUUUUAUAUUUAUUUUUUUUGUGCGCAAAUGUUUUAAUAGCGGGGCAGCAUAUGUACGGCUGCGAGAAAGGUUGCUUUCUUCCAAUAAAUUUUUUUUUU